AUGCCGUCGAAACGGAAACGCGAUAUCCUCGAGGGGUUUGAUCCUAACAAGUCGGAUCCCGAGGAUGAGAAUUUCGACCCUACCGAUGACCGUCCUCAGCCCAGGAGCGCUAAGAAGUCACGCUCAUCGAGACUAAAAGGACCCCGAAAGAAGUCCAACAAGUACAGGGGAUCCGACAUUGAUGAUGACGAUGAAGAAGUCUCCGACAGUGGAAACGACGAAUCCUUUGGCGAAGAAGAGGACGAGGAGGAAGAGGACGAGGAUUUGCCCAUGGGUGCGACGGGCAGAAGAAUGAGGAAGGCAGCUGUCAAACAACAGUCCUACAAAGAGAGUAGUGAGGAUGAAGAGGAUGUGAUCAAAGACUCUGAUGGGGGUGACGAUGACCCGGAAGAUUCGACCCCAAAGAAGCCAGCUGGCCGCCCCUCCAGGAUUGUGGUUCUCAAAACGAACCCGCGCGCGCAGCGAGCAUCAAAACGCGGGAAGGAAGAGUCUGCGCCACCUUAUCCGCCGGCUCGUCGGACGAGAGCUCGUACUGAGGAAGUAGAGGAACCGUUUGUGGAACUGUCAAAUUCUGGAAGGCACGCAAGACCAGCAGGCGCUUCCCGCAGCAAAAGCCCCGAAGCCAUGGCUCGGACAAUGCGCGCUAACCGGGGCGGGAAAGGCCUCAAGAAACCACCCGCUCCCAUCGAAGAGGCGACGCAAGAAACUGAUCCUAAAGACGACCCUGACCAGGCUAUGGAUUCUCCGGACGAGCUUGCCCUUACUAAGCGCGAGGACGAGCCGGACGACCAAGGAGGAGAGGAUAAUGCAGGUCAGGUUGGGGAGGAACCCGAGGAUGCCGCUAUGGAGGAUCAGCAACCAGAGCCUGCCCAGAUCGAAGCUCCAGAAGUAGAGGGGGACGAUGACGACGAUGACGACGAUGCGCCUGUCACUAGGCGAACUAGGGCCUCGAGAGCGAAUGUCUCUGCGCCAGCCGUAGCCGAAGAGACUAACACCGAGCCGGAAACGACGAGGGGCGGUCGCCGUCUCAGACAAAGAUCGGGGCUUCAAAACAAGAGCUUACAGGAGCCAAGUAGUGACUUUGAGCCCGGCGAAGAAUCCGGCGAAGGCGAAGGCUCCGGCUCGGAAGCGGCGAAGAAUGACGAUAUUGGCGGUGACAACGAAUCCACUCCGACGCCUCGCGGGCGCGGCUCUCGCGCUCAAAGCCGACGGAGUCGCCGCAACAGGCAGGAUUCCGGCGACGAAGAAGUCGAGCUUGACAAAGACGAGAUGGCAGAGGAGCUUGAAGAACUCAGAGAGAGCUCCAGGUCGCGCCCACGUCGCACUCGCCGCCGAUCACCGUCAAUUCAGUACGAGGAGCGGACUUCCAAUAAACGUCGCACAAAGCCGGUUAAUUACAGCAUCCCUGCAAUUGACCCUGCCGCGCUCGAGGUUGAAGAUGACGAGGAGCCGGUUGCGACACCCGCGAGGAACCGCAGAGCUGGCAAGGGUGGUGGCGGUUUGGCUUGGGAGCGGACCCUCAAUACCACGUACGGCCCGUUCGGCGGUGGCGGUGGGGCUGGAGCGCUGUUCGGUGGCCCUUGGGGGACUGGAGCAACGGGCGGUGUGGAUUCGGACAGCAGCGACGAUGAAAUGGUGCAGCGGUCUGGUGUUGGCGGCACCGUCGGCAUGACACCCACAACAGCUGCGCCGCUUGUCGGUCUAUUCAACACUGCCGGCCAAACCCAUAACGCCGAUGGCGUGGGAGGCAUUGGUGGCACCACGCCGCAGGUCGGCAAGGUCAAGAACCAAAAGGCAUUUGCCGAUGCUGACCCCCUGGGAGUCGACCUGACCGUCGACUUCAGCAAGGUCGGAGGCUUACAGAGUCACAUCGAUCAGCUCAAGGAGAUGGUUCAACUCCCACUCCUCUACCCGGAGCUGUUUCUCAAGUUCCACGUAACCCCCCCUCGGGGUGUCCUGUUCCAUGGUCCACCUGGCACAGGUAAGACCCUCCUUGCCAGAGCCCUCGCCAAUUCGGUUGGCUCUGGCGGCCGCAAAAUCAGCUUCUACAUGCGCAAGGGAGCGGAUGCCCUUAGUAAGUGGGUUGGUGAGGCCGAAAAGCAACUGCGGCUGCUGUUUGAGGAAGCGCGGAGGACGCAGCCCAGUAUCAUCUUCUUUGACGAGAUCGAUGGCCUUGCGCCCGUGCGGUCAAGCAAACAGGAGCAAAUCCACGCCAGCAUUGUCUCGACACUCCUGGCGUUGAUGGAUGGUAUGGAUGGUCGUGGUCAAGUCAUCGUCAUCGGCGCAACAAAUCGUCCUGACAACAUCGACCCCGCCCUUCGUCGGCCUGGGCGUUUCGACAGAGAGUUCUACUUCCCCCUGCCUGACUUCGAGGCUCGCCGGUCUAUCAUCGAUAUCCACACCAAGGAUUGGGGCAUUUCGGAUGACUUCAAGAAUGGCCUCGCGGAAAAUACCAAGGGCUACGGAGGUGCCGACCUCCGGGCGCUUUCCACAGAAGCCGCGCUCAAUGCAAUCCAAAGAACAUACCCGCAGAUCUACGGCUCGAAAGAAAAGCUGAUUGUGGAUCCUGACAAGAUCACAAUCCAUGCGACCGACUUCAUGAUCUCAGUCAAAAAAAUGAUUCCCUCCUCCGAGCGGUCAACCUCGUCGUCGGCUUCGCCUCUACCACGCCUGGUCGAGCCACUCCUGAGGAACCAAUACAGGGCCAUUUUGAGGGUUUUGGAUAAUAUCCUCCCACGACCCAAGAAGACUACCGCUCUCCAGGAAGCCAUGUACGAGCCGUUUGAGGAUGCGGACCAUGGCUUUGGUAGGGAGGCCAUGCACCAGGAGUUUGAGCGCUCGCGCAUCUUCCGCCCCCGGCUGCUCAUUUCGGGUGUGCCUGGGAUGGGCCAGAAUUAUUUGGCGGCUGCUAUCCUGCAUCACCUUGAAGGGGUGCAUGUACAAACGAUGGACCUCGCCACACUACUGGGUGACGGACGGCCCAUGGAACAGGUCAUCGUGAGUCGGUUUACGGAGGUGAAGCGGCACAAGCCAAGCGUCAUCUUCGUCCCCAGUGUCGAUAUAUGGUGGAACAGCAUCACCGACGCGGCCAUCACGACAUUUACCACUUUGCUGCGGAGCAUACCGCCGUCCGAUCCCGUUCUUCUUCUGGCGACGUCCGAAUGCAUGCCUGAACAAUUAGCGCCCGAGAUUCUCAAGGAGCUAUUUGGCUUUUCUAAAAAGAACCGUGCCGUUGUCGAGCGCCCGGAGCGAGAAAACCGACUUGAGUUCUUUGACAACAUCAUCGGCCAUUUAAGGAAGUCCCCAACCGACUUUCCAGAUCCUGUAAAUCGCAAAAAGCGGGUUAUCGAAGAACUCCCAAUUGCGCCGCCACCGCCACCGAGAGUUCUGACCAAGGAAGAGAUUAAAGCUCAGCGCAAGGCUGACUUGCACUCCCUCAACCUUCUGAAGAUGCGUCUGCAGCCGAUCAUGGACCAGAUUCACCGCAAGUACCGCAAAUUCAGGCAGCCAGUGAUUCCUUUCGCGCAGAUAGCGUAUCUGUUUGACGAAGCCGACCCCAAUUUCGUUCGAGCCGAUAUUGUCCAGACUGAAAGCAGGCCGUACGAGAUCGCGAAGGACAAGGAAGGCACUGAUGGUAUCCGGGAGACGGCCACAGGAAAGUUCUUCUACAACUUGGAGAGCACCACCAUCGAGGAACGCCUAGCGAACGGCUACUAUGCCAGACCCAUCGACUUCUACAAGGACAUCAACAGGCUGUACCUCGACGCCAAAAACGCUGGUGAUCGAGACAGGACACUCAAGGCGAAUGAGCUCCGCACCAAUGUCGAGGUUGAUGUGCAUGACAUUGGCCAGACCCUUGCAAACCAGGGUAUCAGGUUCGAGGAAAUCUUCCAGAGGCAGCUGCAGAGGGUCAAGGAAGCCGAAGAGAAGGCCCGCAAAAGACAGGCGCUUCAGCCCGUGGUUGAUCUGAUCCAGUCCGAUAUCCCAGGCGAUGGCGAUAGUGACUCACAAGGCCCAGUGGGCAUCGGACUUCCCCUGACACGGGCUGUGCGGACAACAACCGCGGCCAGGUUCCAGCCGAUCAUGAGCCCUGAGUCUAAUGGACAUUCGGACAUGACUGGCUCGCACCGGUUGACUAACGGCACGUCGGGAUCUCGACCCGAAGGCGAGGACGUCCACAUGGGCGGUCUGGAUGACGACACACAACCCAUGCCUGACCUGGCUUCGCCUCUUCAAUGGCCUCAUAUUGGAGGUCGCCCGCCACUCGGAGACUCGACCAGGGCAACCGCAGGGACGCAGUAUUCGCAGCGCUCAGCCAUCACCUCGGUCCCUCCUGGCGUGUCCCCAUCCGCCAUCCUUAAUGAUGCGUCAACCACCAAAACAUCAGAACUGUCCACCAACCGCGGGUCCGAGAACUGGAGCACGCAGCGCACCGACACGCAGCGGACUAACGGUGGUACGGCGCACAACCCAGACGAUUCGUCCCUACUCCUCGACACUCAGGUGCACACCCAAGACUUGGGUCAGCAUCAGAGCGGCCAUUCCACUCUUCUCAGCCAGUCAAGCUCAAGCGGCAGGGAAUGGGCACACUCCCAAGCAGCCGCCAUGGCUCAGGGCAUCCUCCAACCCCGGAUGGGGAUGGGCUCCAUGGGCCCACCCCAAGGCAGUGCUUCUGGGUCCAUCCGGAUCUCAGACGACAAUAUCCCCUCCUCUUCUCAGCGCCCGGUCCAGAAGCCCUCAUCCAGCGCGGGUAGCAUCCUGAACGAGGAGCACCAUAGUAACCACAAUUCCCACAACGCCAGCGGCGGUAGCGGCGGUAGUAACAGCACCGGUCCCGGCACGCACACUCCCAACUCCGGGUCGGGGUCCGGGUCCGGCCCCAGCGCAACCAGCGGCAGCAAGGGAGGCCCCGGCACCGCCCUCGCCUUCUCCGCUCGCGGCCACAACUCCCUCCGGCAAUCCGGCUCCAACGCAUCCUCGCAGCAGCCCGUCAUCCACGACGGCAGCCUCUACGACUUCCUCCAGACGCUGGCCGACCGCACGUCGGGCUGCAGCGUCGAGCAGCUGGAGCAGAUCUACCGGGAGCUCAUGGACGAGAUCUGGAAGACGCGGCACGAAUGGAACCGUAUGACGGUUCUCAACACGCUGAUUUCGGUCUUCAACGAUACCAUUGGCGAUAUCGAGCUGGUGCAGGGCGCGCUGGUCGACAGCCAGAAGCAGAAGGGGGGCAAGGGCGGCGACGGGGACGGGGAUGGCGAGGUGGUGGAGAGCGUGGAGGGCGGGGUUGGGACGGCGGGGUUCGUCGGCUCGCAGAGCCAGAGCCAGAGCCAGGGGCAGGGCAACGUGGCGGAGGAGCCGUGGGUUUAUUUGGGGCGGGCGUGA